AUUCGAAUUUCAACAGCUGAGUUUUGACAGUUUUCGUGAGUUCUGUCAUCCGAACCCGGAACCACAACCUCCGAAAAAAUAAAGCUCAAUGGCUUCUUUAUUUAAAAAAGCAUUAUUGCUGAAACCAAAUGUAGUUCGUAAAUCAGUAGGGAUACUCUGCAAUGCUACUCGAAACCAUUGGAAUUAUCAAUACAAGCCUGGUCCAUUUCCCAAGUCUCAGGCAGAAAGAGACGCAGCCGCAAAGAAGUAUGGAUUGUUACCUGAAGAAUACCAACCUUAUCCGGAAGAAAUGGGUUAUGGAGACUAUCCUAAACUUCCCGACAUCGGUACCGAUUCGAAAGAUCCCCAUUACCCGUAUGAUUUGCCAGAUUUGAAGAGGAACUUUAAUGAGCCCUUCCAUGCUACAGCAGAAUUAUUUGGUGAAGAUCGCUAUGACCCUAGUAUGAAGCCAAGGAUCCCUGUGUGGGAGCAGUGGUGUUGGUUCUUGGGUUGCAUGACCGGUUUCUUUGCCCUCUUCUUCUACUUGGAAGACUAUAAAUUUGGUAGACCAGUCACUGAGAAGCAGUAUCCCAAGGAUGGACCUCAUUACAUGUUCAGUACAAACUAAACUGCACAUGGUUUAAUUAAUUAUUGUUAUUAGUCAAAGAAAAUUUGUUGAAAUAAACGGUUCCAUUUUUAGUGACCCUGAAUAAACGAAAUACAAUAUAA